AACAGGUCACCUGGACCUGUUCACAUCUGCAUGCCCCCAUUCUCACUACAUCAGUAUGGAGUUUCAGCCUACGGAGCACCCACACCGCCGAUUCAACCCACUCAUCGGGAGACACGUCCUGGUGUCGCCGCACCGGACCAAGCGCCCAUGGAAUGGCCAAGUGGAACCGCCCCACAAAGAGAAGCUGCCUUCUUAUGAGGAGGGCUGCUACCUCUGCCCCGGCAACACACGCAUGGGUGGCCAUGUCAACCCGCGGUACAAGGACACCUACGUGUUUGCGAAUGACUUUCCUGCGCUCCUGCCAGACGCCCUGCCUGUGAAUACUGCGUCAAUCGAAUCGCUUUUCUCUUCCGAACCCACGCGUGGCCGCUGCUCCGUCAUCUGCUUCCACCCGCGGCACGAUCUCACCCUCGCGCGCAUGAGCGUACCCGAGAUCGUGAGCGUCGUCCAGAAGUGGCGUGAUGUGUACAUCGCCGAAGGCAAGUUUCUGCGUGAGAGUGGCAGUCCCGACGGAUACGUGCAGAUCUUUGAGAACCGCGGAUCUAUGAUGGGCGCAAGUGCUCCGCACCCACACGGGCAGGUUUGGACUCUGUCCUACGUGCCGGACGAGCCUGCAACGGAGCUCAAGAAUCUCAAAGCCUACACUGCCACUCACAGCAACUAUGCGCACGAGGAGGUGCAGCGUGGCGAGCGUGUCGUCGCGCUCGAUGAGGAGGGCGGCUGGGUCGCCGUCGUCCCCUUCUGGGCAGUAUGGCCCUUCGAGACCAUGGUCCUCCCGUACAAGCGGCACAUCCCGUCGCUGGCGCAAAUGACACCGGCCGAGGACGAGGGCCUCGCGCGCGUCCUCAAGGCGCUGUUGGUGCGCUACGACAACCUCUUCAAAAAUCCAUUCCCAUACAGCAUGGGACUGCACCAGGCGCCGCUGGCUCCGGAGAACCCGGACAGCGAUGCAGCCCACGCCCACUUCCAUUUCUACCCGCCACUCCUGAGGAGUGCCAGCGUGCGCAAGUUCCUGGUGGGCUUCGAAAUGCUCGGUGAGACUCAGCGCGACCUCACAGCCGAGCAGGCCGCCGCGCGCCUUCGUGAGCUCGAAGAGAAAGUGAUGAACUUUGGCCCGACAGGGUGUUCAAAUGGGAUUCCUAUACAGACUGGACGUUACAAUGAUCAAGUAUCUGGAUACUGA